AUGUCAUCAAUAAUCCGGACUGUAACAAAUGCUUGUAGAAUAAAUAUUUCGCAAAAACAUCUAACAGUUUCACACAAAAAUCGUCAAAAAGCCACAUUCCAACUUUUCCGUAGCACUGUUCGCCCAAUUUUCCCUCCUUCACACCAACUUAAAAUGAAAGUCCUGGCAGUGUUUGAUUUUGACCACACGAUCCUCGACGACAACUCCGACACAGCUGUCAUAGCCCUAACUGACAAAGACAACCUUCCUGUUGAAAUCCGAAGUCUCCACUCCACUGAAGGCUGGACGGCUUUUAUGCAAGCAAUUUUCAAACUUUUGUACCACGAAGGUCGGACAAUCGAUGAAAUAAACAAUCUAAUAACGAACUUGAAGCCUGUGGGGGGCAUGGUGCCCCUCAUCGAGGAGUUUCACAAAAACCCAGCUUUUGAACUGAUUAUCAUUAGUGAUUCUAACGCCCAUUUUAUAAAGAUUUGGUUAGAAAAAAACAACGUUAGCAAGUGUUUCACUAAAGUGUUCACAAACCCAUCGAAAAUCGAAAAUGGAUUACUGACCAUUUCCCCUUACCAUAAUCAAAAUGCGUGCAAACUCAGCACGAAUAAUUUGUGUAAAGGGACAGUGCUGGAUGAGUUUGUCCAGGAACAACGUGACAAGGGGGUUGUCUACGACAGGAUUGUGUACAUAGGGGAUGGGGUGAACGACUUUUGCCCCGUUUUGCGCCUCCACAAGUCCGACCUUGCGUGUGUGAGAAAAGGCUUCAAGUUGCAAGACCUCGUCACCAAGGCGCAAAAAGGAACGUCGUUUGAUAAUUCAGGGAAGCCCCACGUUAUCCUCGCUGAGAUUUUCGUUUGGGAGACGGGGGACGAUAUUUUGAAGCACCUCCAGUUGAAAUAGCGGACUCGCAUCGGUAUUAAUUACUUUAUUCAGUUACAACUUUAAUUACAUUGGCACCUAAUGCUUAGCAGCCACCACGUUUCAUUCAACAACCAAAAUUAUUUACAUUUAAAUAGAAAUUUGCUUAAUUCUAUUGUGACUAUGUUGCGAAUAAAUUAUCAAAAGAUGA